GUAUAUCUUUAAAUCAAAGCCAAAGAUAGUUACAAGAAACCUGCCAUCUGAUAAACCUUGUAAAAGUACUUAAUACGCUUUUCUCCGGCUGCUGGGAAGAUGGCAGACAUUCAGACAGAGAGCGCUUACCAAAAGCAGCCUACGAUCUUCCAAAACAAGAAGCAGGUUCUGCUGGGAGAAACCGGCAAGGAAAAGCUCCCCCGGUACUACAAAAACAUUGGUCUAGGCUUCAAGACGCCCAAAGAGGCCAUCGAGGGCAUCUACAUAGACAAGAAAUGCCCCUUCACUGGUAAUGUCUCCAUCCGAGGUAGGAUCCUGUCUGGUGUUGUGACGAAGAUGAAGAUGCAGAGGACCAUCGUGAUCCGCCGGGACUAUCUCCAUUACAUUCGAAAGUACAAUCGCUUUGAGAAGCGCCACAAGAACAUGUCUGUGCAUCUGUCCCCCUGCUUCAGGGAUGUACAGAUCAGAGACAUUGUCACUGUUGGAGAGUGCAGGCCCCUGAGCAAGACUGUUCGGUUCAAUGUGCUCAAGGUCACCAAGGCUGCUGGCACCAAGAAGCAGUUUCAGAAGUUCUAAGGGGUCUCUGCCUAGAACAAAUAAAGUUAUUUUCCAACAUAAAAAGAAAGUACUUAAUACAAUACUAAGAAGUCAAAUAUAAUACCAUCUUGAGAGGA